AGCGAGUGCGGUACAGACGUGUGUUCUCCAUCAAUAAUAAUACAUAAUAACAGUAAUAUUGUGUAUACUGACAUACGUGUGUGUGUGUGACCUUGACAUGUAUCUUUUUGUUAUAGUGUCUGCACCGCUUGGAUUAUAGAACCGUUAGGAUAUGCGUGAUCCAUUUUAGAAAUAUAUAUUUAGUUGUUCGCCAGAAUUCACAUUAGUGAUACGUGUAGAGGACUAGAGACAAUAAUAUAGUAAGAAUGAAUAGUUAAGUCGAGUGUGACUAAAGAUAGUGUUGUGAAUUAAUUAAUAGAUUAUGACUAGUGCUGCGAUGUCAGUGUUCAGUGUCAAGUGGCUGGUGCUAUGGUCACUGUGGGCUGCGCGCCUCGUCCGCCAGCCUACAGUGACCCUGCAUAUCAGCAAUGGUCCCGUGAGGGGGAGCAUCUCUCCUGAUGGCUCCUUCAAGAGCUAUCUCGCUAUACCGUACGCUAGUGUUCCACAUCGGUUUCAGGCUCCAGGCCCAGAACCGACGUGGGAGAGUACGUAUGAAGCGGUCAAUGAAAAUGUGAGAUGUACGCAGAGCGUCGAGGACUCCUUCACAGUCGGUACUGCUGAUUGCCUCUCCCUGAACGUGUUCACUCCCAUCGACGCCAGUCCUGGCUCCGACCUGCCAGUCAUGACCUUCAUUCAUGGAGGAGGGUACUUCAAAGGCUCAGGGAACAUGAUUUUCUACGGCCCGAGGUAUCUAGUACCCAAAGGUGUGAUCCUUGUUACAAUUAACUACAGACUGAAUAUACAAGGGUUCCUUUGUCUCCGCAUCAAAGAAAACCCUGGCAAUGCAGCAAUGAAGGACCAAGUCGCUGCACUGAGGUGGGUGCGCAGGAAUAUAAGGAAGUUUGGUGGAGACCCCGAUAACGUCACCAUCUUUGGCGAGAGUGCUGGAGCUGCGUCAGUCUCCUUCCACUUGUACUCUCCAAUGUCGAAAGGACUUUUCCACAAAGCCAUCACCCAGAGUGGAUCAGCCUUAGCAGCGUGGGCGUAUCAGUAUAAACCAGUGUACCUUGCCAGUUUGUUGGCCAAGGUGAUGCUGUAUGAGUCACAGGACCCACACGAGCUGUACAAGUACUUCAUGACAAAGUCUGACGACGAGCUCAUUCUCACCAGGGUACCGAGGGCAGAGGGCAAUACUGUCAUCUCUGAAAUAUUAUACACACCAUGUGCAGAAAUACCUAUAGAAGGAGAAGAAGCAUUUCUCACUGAACCACCUUUCGAGCUGCUGGAGAAAGGAGCGUAUAAUAAAGUCCCCGUUAUAAUAGGUACUAAUAAUGAAGAAGGAUUGUUGAUCCUCAGCAUGGACAACAGCACAAUGAUACCUCGGCUGGAAUUCGAAAAGUCUCUGCCAAAGAAUUUGGAGAUCCCAGACAAAAAGACUAAACAGGAGGUGGCAGCAGAGUUACAAACAAUGUAUAUGGAGGGAGACGAUAUCUCUAUGGAUUCCAUAGUGAAAAUAUCGAGAUGGUAUGGGGAGCCAAACUUGAACUACCCUUCAUUGGCUGAGACAGAGAUGCUGCUGAAGACGUCUGACCAGCCAGUGUACAACUAUUUAUUCCAGUACUCGGGGUGGAGGAACAUCCCCAAGAUGUUUCUGUCAAAACAACUGAAGACUGCUGCAGGAGCCACACAUGCAGACGAUAUCUUCUACAUGUUCUCGCACGAGAUUUUCGCUUCGAACUUCGAGAUGAAAAUGAUAGACCAUGUGACCACGAUGUGGACAAACUUCGCUAAGUACGGGGAUCCUACUCCAGAAGGCUCCAGUCUCCCCAUAAAGUGGUUGAGGACAAACAGUUCCACUCCCACCUCUCUGGUGAUAGACGAGGAGCUCCACACCGCACCACUCUGGUACAACCACCGCAUCUCCUACCUUCGGGAGCUCUAUUCCAAGUUCAGGAGAAAAGAUACCACCAUAGUACGAUAGCGUAGUCAUCUAGCAAUUGUUAUUUAAGCAUAAUAUUAUAGAUAAUUUUAUAAUUGGUAUACUUUUAACCUAGUCAUUUUCGUAUAUUAAGGUAAAAGAAUUUACAAGACUUGGUUGUGAUUUAAGUAUUGGGGAUUAAUCAAUAUUUCGAUAUUAUUAGGGUGUAUAAGUAAGUGAAGCAAAGAAAGCGAGAGAUGAUUAGCAGAAGCCAUAGUAGAAUUAGUUUCCCGCCAACGAGCCGAACUACCGCCAUUUGGCACAACUAGGGCUCCUUUAUCUAUUGACCUCUGCUCGUAAACUGAAGGGACACUCGAGUGCAUUCUCUAAUUAGGGCAGCCAGGACCUUCCGAGGGUCGACCAAGUGGAACUUUGAACAUUCCCCGACCAGGAAUUAUUUAUUUUAUUGCCGGAAUGAAAAGUCACCGAUGCGUUGAGAAUUCCUUCAGCGAAUGUCUUGGGCUUUCAUUAAUUUUAAAACUCCAUUAAGGAACGUUCGUUUGCAUUAAAAAACGGGUUCCAAUAAAAUGUUCAUGCAUUUAUAUUGUUCAGCGAACUGAUUCCAACAUUAAAAUCAUUUGCCGAUAAACUGUGUUUGAAUAGUCUUUUUGUUUCUUCACUAAUCCCGACUGAAAGCGAAUCGAGAGCUGCCUUUAAAAGCGAAACAUGGUCCGUGUAGCACUACAGACUCGGUAAUCGGCAAUCUUAAAACCGUAGGUACCAACGGAAACUAAAUUUCCGGUAUUUGAGAAAGUAAGCCGCUUACCGUGUCGGUCUCUUAUUAAAGCUCGCUUGAAUGGGGCUGGCCGAAUGAAUGAAUGUUUGUGAAACUAUCCGGCUUAAUCUUGGACCCUUUCGUACACCCGCACCCCGCACCCCGCGCCCCCCACACCCGCCCUAAGCUGCUCUGUAAAUACGCGAAAAUGGUCCCGGAGACACAUCGCCGUGUUUGCUAUUGUUUGCUAUUUAAUGAGAAACCUUUUUAAAAACUUAAUGGGAAUUUGGCGGCUUUAUGGCUCCCGUAAUCGGGGAUUGCCUUGAGAUCUGACAACUUUGGUUCAGUUCACACGUUGCGCAGAUUACAGGCUCCGCCGACUUCUACAGAUCCUUCGUUUACUUUCAAAACGUCUUGUAAAGAAAAUUGUUAAAGAAAAUCCGUAACUCAUUUAGCAAGUUUAUGAAACGUGGCCUUAAUUCUCAACUUGUUUAGGUUUGUGUAAAAUAUUGCCGCGACGAGCUAGUUGGACACAUUUUCAACGAAAAAACAAGUUCAGUCUGUAAGAGAGAAAAUAUUACGCUCUUAUAAAGUUGUCCAGUAAUUUUAUAAAGGUUAGCUUAGAGAUGACUAAUUUUGUUCGUUACUUUUGUUUUGUAGACUAAAUCAGGUCGCAGUUUACUCAAGUUCUGAUUUAGUUACUUUAGAAAGUAAUGAGAAUCAUUUUGGAAUUUGACAUUAUUGAAUUUAUUACAGAAUAAACUUUUUAAGAUUUGAGAUGGAAAUAGUUUCACAAAAAUAGCGGUGUAUCCCUGAAAAUACCCAUAAUUCCCGGUUCCGAGUACUGUUUACCAUAAUCCUGUGUUAUCGGGUGAACGCACACGAACAUAUUUGCGACCACUGCGCGGUAAUGGGACAUCGACUGCGGGCGCCGCGCCGUGUGCGCACAGCUUUAUUUCUAUCGUGGCAGGUUAGGGAGGGG